AUGUAUUCGGCUGUCCCUCAUGUCCAUGCUGAUGGGAUGAUCUAUGUGGUUUCUACACGAUCGGCAAGUUCAUGGUUCGACGUCGUAGAUAGUACUCGAUGCUAUCUGGUUGCUAAUAGAGUAUCGGGUUGGGCUGGGGGAAAUUCUGGCUCAGUGCUACCAGGCUCCGACUGCAAAGAGCCUCAGAAAAAAUAUGAAGAACGACACCAGAGGCCACGGAUUACUUUUCCGGGUUUACAGCUGAGGUGGAAGAAGAUUCAUGCCAGACAGCAUCCGAAAAGCACUGACCAGAAGCGCCAAUGCCCGCACCAAUGGCAAAAUCAAAAUCAGGAAAGCGAGUUGGGUCCUGUUAGACUCGGAAAUGAACAUGAUCCCGUGGACGCAGCCUUACUUUCGGACCGAUAUCCUGCCCCUGAACAAAUUCAGCCAAACGGCCCCUGUCAGAAAUGUAAAGAGGAGAAGCAUGAUGCUAGAGUCUAUCGUUCAAAGUUGAUAGCUGGACUGGUAUUUCCGUAUUUUCUUGCAUCAGUCGAUUUAACUAUCGUUGCGUCUGCAAUGCCCUUUAUAGCAUCCUAUUUCAAUCAGCUGGACCAACUGAACUGGAUCGUCACUGGGUUCACAUUGACGUCCACGGCAUUUAUCCCAGCCUUCGGCCAAUUAGCCGAAGUGUUUGGUCGGCAUUUCGUACUGCAACUCGCCAUGUUCUUAAUGCUUAUUGGCAGCGUGUUCUGUGCCACUGCCCAAACCUGGGGGAUGUUGCUGUUUGGCAGAGCGUUGCAGGGAAUGAGCUCUGCCGGAAUAAUGAACUUGAUAGUAAUCGUACUGGCGGAUAAUGUAUCGUUGAAAGAGAAUGCGAAGAACACCACUAUUUUUCAAUUCGUGUCUGGUACCAGUUACGGAGUUGGACCGGUCAUUGGAGGUUUUUCAUCCAUUUUAUCCGGACUGGCCACCGUUGACUUGGGUGGUACUAUCCUAUUCAUUCUCGGAAUUGGUCUUAUAAUCCUAGGUACCAGUUGGGGAGGCGCAACGUACCCGUGGGCUUCAGCUGCUGUUCUUGUUCCCUUGGUUUCUGGGUCGAUUUUAUUUAUUCUCUUUUUUGUUUGGGAAUACUACCUCGAACCGGGGCGUGUACUCGGGAGGAUUUUCCCACAGCAAUCUCCCAUGGUUCCGUUCCCUAUGUUCAAAGUAAAGGAUACAUAUCUUCUAGCUAUCCUGACAUUCGCCACCGGAGCAGCCCUGUACUCAGUGUUUUAUUUCAUUGGAAUAUAUUUCACACUUGUCGAAGCUUACCCUUCUGGAAGGGCGGGUAUACAACUGUUGUUCUACAUUCCUGGUAUUGGAGUUGGUGUAUACUUGGCCAUGUUCGCAUGUAACGUCUGGCCCGCACAAACCUUUGCACCGCUUAGCACAGGCACCUUAGUCGAAUCCGUCGGUGUUGCUCUUAUCACCUGGGCUGUCACUACUCGCAAUAUACCCCUGAUCAAUGGAAUGAUGGCUGUCGCAGGUGCCGGAACGGGUCUUCGAUUUAUGCCCUCUUCAUUACACGCAGCAGGGAUAUGGCCAGACAAGCUCGCACCUGCCAUGUCCAUCAUGCGAUUUUGCCUUCCCUUCGGAGGCACAUUAGCCCUCGCUAUCAUGGGUAGCGUCUUCAACAAUAAGAUGGCGAGCAUUUUUCAUCCGUCCAGCCAGUCUCAGAGUGGUAGGUUUGAUAUUCACUCCGGCAAAAGUCUGGAUGAUAUCAACAAGCUGCCUCCCGAGGUGCAAGAGCAUAUCCGCAAUACAGGGAAAGACGCGGUUAUGUGGGCUUUUAUAUCAAUAAUGCCGAUUAUGGUGAUUAGCUUUGUAUCGGGAAUAUUUUUAGGUAAUGUGUGGAUUAAAAAGAAACGAGGGGAGAGCGUAGACCAGAGAGGUCAAGCUUUUUCUACUCCUCCAGCUGACGAUGAGGAAGAUAUCGAGAGCAACGAAGUGGUGGAACCUUGGAUGACAAAAAAUGCAUCACCAAACCCCUUACCAGUCCAAAAGCAAAGACAGGCUGCAGCCUUGCUUGAAGAAAAGCAACACCGAGCCAAACUUGGACACAACCCGCCGGAUGCUGAAAAUUAUAUUCUUACUUCCAAUCCUCAUCCGUCGAAAUCUACUUAA